AAACAUAUAUUAACAACUGAACACGAACGUUAUUUCGUCUACGUCUUCGUUUUGCCCAGAUUUACGGGAAUAGCCAGAAAGAGAUAGAGCGCACCAUUGGCUAGCAAUGGAUGUUGUUUGUGUAAUUGAUACUGUGCUGGGCGACCAUUUGGAGGACCGUCUAUGUGCCCUCGAGGAGGUCAAACAGGCCGUGCAAGCGGCGGGAGCCAAUUUUCAACGUGUACAGUUCGAAAGAUUGGAUUUCGGCGAAACGAAUGUGCUGGACACAUUCUACCAGGCCGAUGUAGCUGUCAUAGAUUUAAGCAUUUUAACCCAACAACGCCCGCUGUCGUAUCAUUAUGGAGUACGCGAAAGUUUCGGAAUGAAGGAAAACAUAUUAAUCUACAACGAUGUGGAGUCCAAACAGACGCUCAGCCUUAAGCUCUCAUGUGCCAAUUAUUUAUUUUUGAGCUACAAGCUCAAUGGGGAGACCAACACCUGCAAUUUAACAAAUCAAACCAGCAACAAGGAAGCGCCAGCAGAUGGACGCCUGCCCACUACGUUACAGUCGCGUCUCAAGCGCAAACUGCAAGAGGUUGAAAUACAAUCAAAAGCACACAUGCGCGAAAAAUUUCUCAGUGACAUGCGAACGGCACGCGACACUUAUGCGCCCAGUGAUGAUAAAUUAAAGAGUCUGCUGCAUGGUAUGCGCAAACGUUUGGAUGAUCCACAUGUGUUGUCUGGCGAGGUAUUGCACAGUUUUAUGUGCUCGCUGCGUGAUGUGCAGGAUUAUGAUGCGAUGGUGCGGUUGGUCAAUGAUUUAAAGAAUAUACCCAAUACGCGCAAAUAUGUGGAGACAGGCAAUAUGAGUUUUUUGUAUGCAUUUGCGCUGAAUCGUCGCAAUCGCAAAGGAGAUCGCGAGAAGGCACUGGAAUCAUCACUGAAAGCGCUGGAGAAAAAGGAGAAUCACUUUCCCGAUAUGCUUUGCCUGUGUGGACGCAUUUAUAAGGACAUCUUCGUAGAGUCUGAUUGCACGGAUACGGAAAGCUUGCAGCAUGCUAUCAAGUGGUAUCGCCAAAGCUUUGAAGUGCAGCCAAAUGAAUAUGCGGGCAUUAAUCUGGCCACGCUGCUGGUAAUCGAGGGCAAAGAGUUUAGCAAUACGGAGGAGCUGCAGCACAUUGGCAUGACGCUCAACAAUCUUAUAGGCAAAAAGGGCAGUCUGUCAACGCUUAGCGGCUACUGGGAUGUGGCCACGUUCUUUGAGAUCUCUGUGCUGGCUGAGGACUAUGCCAAGGCCAUACAAGCAGCUGAGUGCAUGUUUAAGCUUAAGCCGCCUAUAUGGUCGCUCAAAUCAACCAUUGGCAAUAUAUCGCUGAUACAUCGCUUUCGACGCAAGCCCGAUGAUCGACAGCUGCCCAUAGAGGAGCAGGCAUUUCAAUUCUGGAUGGAUUUCUUUCUAGAGGCCAUCAAUGUUGAUGAGAUUAAUAGCAUACGUUUUCCCAUUUUGAUACUCGAACCCCAAAAGAUAUAUAUGCCCAGCUAUGUGACCAUUAAUAUGGAUGCCGAUGAAAAGUCCAUACAAAUUGUUAACAUCUGCUUGGCACACUCGAAAAAUGCUUGCAAGAAGCUGCAUGAUUUUCUAUUUGUUGCCUCAAAGAUAAAAUCUGUUAGCCUGUACAAGCGCGACGAUCUCUGUGCGUAUCUCUAUGUGCAUCACAACUCGGAUGAUUUUCAAAUCUAUUUUCCGUCCACCGAGUGCCGUCAAAAGUUUUACGAUCGCAUACUAGAAAUGACGGCCGAUCAGGAGGUUUUCGUUAAUCUUGAGACUGACGAAGCGCAAAUUGAGUACGAAUAUGAUUACAAUGAGCAAAACCGCAAAAUAACGCUGGGCAAGGGCACCUAUGGCACUGUUUAUGCAGCGCGGGAUAAGCAGACGCAGGUGCGCAUUGCUAUCAAAGAAGUGCCUGAGAAGAACUCACAGGAUGUGCAGCCGCUGCAUGAGGAAAUCAAGCUGCAUUCACAGCUGCGUCAUCGCAACAUUGUGCAGUAUUUGGGCUCAAGAUCGGAGGAUGGCUUCUUCAAGAUUUUCAUGGAGCAGGUGCCCGGUGGCUCGCUAUCCGAUUUGCUUAAAACCAAAUGGGGUCCACUCAAAGAUAAUGAGUCCACUAUGGCUUUCUACUCCAAGCAAAUACUGGAGGGUCUCAAAUAUCUACACGAGCAGGAUAUAGUGCAUCGCGAUAUUAAAGGCGACAAUGUGCUGGUCAAUACCUACAGCGGUGUAGUCAAAAUCUCGGACUUUGGCACUUCGAAGCGACUGGCACGCAUUAAUCCCAUGACGGACACUUUUGCGGGCACGCUGCAGUACAUGGCGCCUGAGGUGAUUGAUCAGGGCGUGCGUGGUUAUGGUCCACCAGCUGAUAUUUGGUCCUUUGGCUGCACCAACGUUGAAAUGGCUACAGGCAGUCCGCCCUUUAGUGAGCUGGGCAGUCCGCAGGCAGCAAUGUUUAAAGUGGGCUACUACAAAAAGCAUCCCAACAUACCCGAGGAGCUGUCGCCCAAUGCCAAGAACUUUAUACUGCGCUGCUUUGCCAUUAGCGUUAAUGACAGACCAUCGGCGCUGCAGCUGCUGGACGAUCCAUUUCUGACUGACAAGCAACGCAAAAUUCGCCCAGCAUUGCCCAUAAACACAUCAGAAUUUGGACGCAGCAUAUCCGUGCCAGCGGAUCGUUUAGUGCACAAGACUACAGCGCCCAUGACGUUCAGUUCCGUAUCGAAUACACCCACAACACCAGAGCUAGAUGUGCCACUCUCAUCGUCCAUAGAUAUUAAUGAAUUGCCCAGCAAUCAGCAUUUUAUGAUAGAGCGACGCAACUCCUCAGGCUUUCUGCUCUCACCGGAGAUUGAGCCCUCGACGCCUUCGCUGCGCACCAGCAUUAGCGACACCAGUGAAACCGACGGCUUUUAUCGUUUGAAAAAGGACUCACAGCGACGCACUACGCUCUCCAAAGUGCUGGCACUGGAUGAGCCCAAGAUAUGUGAAAUAUGGGAGAAGAAAAUAAGCGCAGAUCAGAAUUCAAUUGCCAUACGCAAAAGCGACUUGGAGCUGUUAAUACGUGGCCUGCGCGAUUAUAUAAUGAAUGAGAAUGAAAAGCACUUGGAGGCCACCAUCAACGAACUGAAGCAGAAACUCAACAAUGAUCCAAUUGCUUUGGAUCAUUUGCAUCUCGCACUUUAUUCAUUUCAAGAUGCAGUGGUGUGCGUGCUGCGGCUGCAUUGCAUCAAGCCACAUUGGAUGUUUGCUUUGGACAAUUUGGUUAAGCGUGCAGUGCAAGCGGCUGUUACUAUUUUCUCACCUGAAUUGGGCGCUAAUUUGGCUGACAAGGACUUGUCGGGCAAUGAUGAUGAAAGCGUGCACAACUCACCAGCAACUGAUAGUCAGGAGAAGCUGCCACAAGCUGCUGAAAAGUUGCUCUCAUCAGGCGGACUAUCGCCAAACGAUCAAGUGGAUGGCUCCAUGGGCAGCUCAGUGGAGUGUGUGCGCAUUUUGCGUGACAUACGCGACAAUCAGAAGCAGCUGCAGCGUCAAAUUAUGGAGCAGAAUCAACGCAGUUUGCGCGCACUGCACAACAUAAGCCAAGAGCUGGCGCACAUCUAUAUGGGCGGCAGAAAGCGUUUGAGACGCACCAUUAACGGCUUCAACAAAAAGUGCCAUAGAAUGAGCCCCAGUGGUGCCAACAACAAUACGCCGCGUCCAGCUGUCAAUGGAAAUCCCCGCCGCCAAUUAAAUAAGCACAAUUUCGGUCUGCAUGAGAUAGACGAGCAAUUGGAGCAAUGGCUAGCGCAGCAUGAUAUUGAUGAAUUCUCAAAAGCGCUCAUACUCAAUGAGGGCUUCACCUUCGAGGAUUUUAUAUACAACAUGGAAAAGUUGGACCUCAUGCGCUUGGGACUGCGCGUUGGCAUUGAGGUGCGUCUAUGGAAACUCAUUAUACAGGAGCGCGUCUGCACCUCGGAAUGCGUUGAGGCUCAUCUGCCUGUUAAUAACAACACCAUAAGCCCCACAGCUACAACAAAUUUAAAUGACUCCAAUAUUAUUGACAUGGUCAAGUCGAAGAUGAAGAAGAGUGAGAGUGAAUAUGCCUCGUGUAGCGAGUGACUAUAGACACCGCCAAUCCAGUGAAAGGGAAAUGCAUACAGGAAGAUUGCAAAAUAGUUGUUGUUGCUUUAACUGAUUCUAAUUAUGAUUAAUUGUUAAUUUUGUCGUUUGUGCCUCACACCACUAAAAGUUGAAAAUUCUAGCUAUAAGUUGAAUGUUUUUUUUAAUGAAAUGCCUUAUCACUGAAUAAUGUUUGCCUUACAAAUAAUGUACUGCAUGUUAAUUUAUAAAACAAAUGAAAUAUAAGUGCCUUUAAAUUAGAAAUUGCAGCAAAUGAAUUUGUCAAUUUUGCACUCAGCGCUGUCGAAAUGAAAUAAAA